AUGUCUGCAGUGAUGCUCUUGCUUCUUGUCACCGUAUUGAUCUCACGUCUCGCCAUUGCGGUGGCUGUACCUCUUGAAAGCCCGUUCGACUCGCACGCCAACGGUGCCUCUCCGGCAAAGGGAAAUGAGAACACAACCUACUCUUCCAAGAUGGCCCCAAGUCACAAGAGUGUGAAUAGCCACUCCGCAACGGCCGAUAUUUCGGGACCCGCAGCCGUUGGAUCUAUGUUCAAUGGCCUUUGCCGCCAAGUCUCACUUGGUGGGCUUGGUCAAAUAGGUGCCACCACGUUGAGCGCCCAAUGUGUUGACGGGGCAGGACAGUGGUGGGAUACAAGCCUGAAUUUGAACCGGUGUAUGGGAAACGAAGGAGGUAGGCUCAUCUACAAAGAACAUGGGAACUUUAACAAAUCUUGCCGGCUUUGCGUGAUGCAACUUCGAGAGAGGGGCGACCCCACAUUCAAAUGCAAAUGUAUUGGCACCAAAGGAAUAUGGACCUUUACUUCAAUUCAUUUCGGGAUUCAUUCUGAGGACCAACUUACUGUACGGCCUAUUGAAGGACGGUUAGCUGAAAUUGCUGACAUCAUUGUGGAGGAGGCGAGGAAUUGGCCGGAGAUCGCCAUGCUCUCCAUCGAGCUCCUCGUUUCUGGUCGGAUGGACAACAAGACAUGA